AUGCUCAAUAACCAUCGAUCAUCCGACACACCUAUCCAACAACCUCAUUUUAAUCCAUAUGUCAAUAAUGGAGGAACAGUUCUUGCUAUUGCUGGUGAAGAUUUUGCAAUAAUAGGUGCAGACUCCAGACUGAGCAGAGAUAAUUCAAUAUUGACCAGAAAUCAGAAGAAAUUGUUUCCAUUGACUAAACAUACGGUAUUGGCAUCGACUGGCUGUUGGUGUGAUACAUUGGCUUUAACAAGUGCUAUAUCAAUUAAGAAAAAGAUGUAUGCAUAUGAACAUAAGAAAAAUAUGACUACGACAAGUAUUGCCCAUUUAAUAUCAAUGAUGAUGUACAGCAAACGGACAUUUCCAUAUUUUGUGUAUAAUAUUGUUUCUGGAAUAGAUGAAUUUGGAAUGGGAUGUGUAUUUAGUUAUGAUGUUAUAGGGCAUUACGAUCGUGUGAUGUACUAUGCAAGUGGCUGUUCUGGUCCACUACUUCUGCCUCUCCUGGACAACCAAAUUGGAGGAAAACAUUUGAACAAAGAGAAAGAUGAAGACAUUCAAUUGACCACAAAUAAAUCAGUUGAUGAAGUUUUAUCAAUCGUCAAAGAUCUUUUUACUACUGCUGCUGAACGCGACAUAUUUACUGGAGAUGGAGUUUAUAUCAAUAUCAUAACUCUAGAUGGCAUUGAGGAACAAUUUUUCAAUCUACCAAACCUACGGCAGUGGCAAAUCGUAUUCUUCAUCCUGGCGGGAACAUAUGCCUUCGGAGCAUUAAUAUAUCUAUUUUUGGGAUCCGGAGAAUUACAAUCCUGGAAUGAUCCUGAUUGUUGCAAAAAUCUCAACGAUGCACAAGCUCAACAUCUUCAAGAAGCUUUACCAUUGCAAAAGAAACAAACGAUAACUCGCGAUAUUGAAACAGCGUGA